AUUAAUAUGAUUACUAGUUCUUUGAGUGUGACCAGUCAACGAUUACCCAAUUCUGGUUGAAAGUUGUCUUUGAAAAAUAAUAAUAAUAAUUGAAGAAUUGAAAGUAUUAAUGGUGUGAAAUCAUGAUUAAAUUACAAUUGACCCUUUUGCUAUUGCUAUGCAGCCAGGUUUUUUGGAUCACAGCACAGUUGAAAAGUAAAACAAUUUGCGUAUCGGAUAGAUUUGAGAAGCAAUGCAACAUAUUGGAGCGAGAAACAAAGGAAAUAAAAUGCGCCAAAGUUCAGGAUAGCAUUGAAUGCGCAAAUCUGUUGCGAAAUAGAUCAUCUGGUUUUGGUAUAUUUAGCGCUGAAUCAACAUUGCUAUUGGCCGCUUUAAACUAUGACGAUUUAACCGUUCUCAAAGAGUUACGACAUAUGGACCGCCAAAAUUACUCGGCUGAUUUUGAGUCAGUGGUCGUUGUAAAGGCCACACAUAAAAAUGGAAUCGAAGGAUUAAAAGGUUUGAACUAUUGUCAUCCGGGUCUAUAUUACGAUCAUACUGAACGAUGGAGCGAACGAUUUUUAAAAUAUUUCGAAAGAACAGUCACCACACCGAAUUGCGAUAAGCAGCUAACAUCGCCAGUUGAAAUUGAAAUAGAUGCAUUGGCCACACAUUUUAAAUCGGCUUGCUACCCAGGUGCCUGGUCAAAUAAUCCAGAAGAGGAUCAAAGAUUGAAGAAAAAAUAUCCACAACUUUGUGAAUUAUGCAAUUCACCAUAUAGCCCUUGUGAGUAUACCGACAAAAAUCGUCAUCUUGGUGCAUUACGGUGUUUAAUAAAAAAAGAAAGUGUUGCAUACGUUUCGCUACAGGACACUCAAGACUUUUUCUCGCCGUUGUCGGAAUAUGCAAAUUUAAGAAAUGAUUAUGCUUAUCUGUGCCCUGACGAGACCAUUCAACUAAUCUCGGAUAAUUCAAAAACACCAUGCACAUGGAUGCGUCAACCGUGGCCAGUCAUCAUUUCGAACAAUCAAGAUAGUGUUCCGCUAAAAGCGACAAUGAGUCAAUGGUUUUAUGGUAGGAGUAGCUGGGAAAUAGCUAUAAAAGAAAUUUUGACCGCCGAUAGUUUAACACCAGUUGAGACAUCAAUACAAAAACCACGUGACUUUUUCUACCCAUUUCGUGAAUUGCCGUUCAGUCAGUCACUAUGCUCAACACAAGCAAACUGGUGCACAAAAUCGUUUGAAGAAAAAGAAAAAUGUGAUAUAGUUCGAGUAGCCGGAAUUACGACCGGCAUUCAGCCAUUGAUUGAAUGCAAUGAUCCUGUAGGUGAUGCAAUACAUUGUUUAAAAGAAGUGAAUGAAGAACGUGCUGAUUUCGUCGCCAUUGAUUCAAGUCUCGGCUAUAUUGCGAGACAUCCAUACAAUUUAACAACAGCUUUAUAUGGUGAAAGCGAUAAAGAUGCUGCUGUUGUUGUUGUCGUUCGUGCCAAUUCGAAUUUUAAACGAUUUGAAGAUUUACAAAAUUCAAAAGCAUGCAUUGCUGAAUAUAAUGGCAUUGCAUCCGUUUCCUUCAUAAAAAUCGGCAAAACUCUUGGAUUCCUUCCAAAGGAACAUUGCAAUCAUUCCCGUUUGCUUGGCGAAUUUUUCGGAUCAUCAUGUGUGCCAGGUGCGAUUGAUCCGUCGCAUGGUGUCACCGAAUUUGAGAAUAAACUAUGUUCAAUUUGUCCACAAGUUGGUUCGGGUGUCAUUUCAUCCAUUCGACCCAUUUCUCAAGGAUCGGAAACAAAUUUCAUUUCAUCGGAUCGAGACGUGGAAUUUACUACAAGCAAUAUUCAAAGUGAAAUUGAUGUCAUGAAUAGUGAAUUAAAUUGCAACGCUGAUCAAACAAACAUUUUUUAUGGAAAUUUAGGUGCACUACUUUGCCUAUACCAAGCGGGCGAUGUAGCUAUUGUUGGAUUGAAAGAUUUAAAUGAAAAUGCAAAAGCACUUGGCAUCAAUCCAAAUGAAUUUCAAGUCAUCUGUAAAAAUGGAACUCUCGCUGAAUAUACCGGCUUUGAUGUGGAUUCAAACUGUGCUCUUGCUUCAUUCGUAGACAGUGAAAUCGUUGUAAAGCCAAAGAAUCCCAAAACUGAAGGUAUUAUUAAUGCUCUAAUUUCCUAUGAGAAAUACUUCGCAGUCGAUCCGGAGUUGAAAAUUUUCAGUACCUUCAAUGGGCACAUGGAUUUAUUAUUCAAUACCCACACCACUGGUUUUGCAUCGUACGAUGAAAAAGAUUUGGGCACCGUUGUAGAUAAUUACAAUAAUCUUUUCAAAAGUCUCGAAGCAUGUGGUAUUGCAUUCAAAUCAUAUCCAGCCACAACUUUCAUCUAUGCAACACUAUUCUUCACUUUGCUCAUAAGUCGUCUACUUCAAUAAAUCCAUUAUUUACACAUUAUAUACAAAAAUAAUCAUGAUUUUUCCUCUUUU